GAGGAAACUUUGCGCGCCCGGGAGGUUGUGGCGGCGCAGGGACGCAGUGGGCUGCGGCCGCGAGAUCGGCGGCUCAGCCAGGCAGGGAAAGAGAGCCCCGCAGCCCGGCCGCGGGACGCGCUCCCAGCCCCCCGCCCUGCGCACCCCACCCCCUUUCCUCGGCCGCGCACGCAGCGCAGCGGCCCCUGUCAGAAACGGCGGGAUCCGCCCGGCGAAGCAGGGCCGACUUGCACCCAGGACCCUGGGCCUCCGCCUUCUCCGCUAAGCCUCGGAGAAGCAUCCGGCCCUCCCCUCCCCCUGAAGAGCGACGCGGGCGGGCAGGACGUCCCGGGAAGGCCGGCCGCUCGUGGCCACGUCCUGGCCCGGCCCGGGCGCGCCGAGGAGCAGAGCCAGGGGCCGGCGUUCGCUCCGGCUCCCUCUCCGGCGCGCCGGAGCCGGGGGGUGGCUGCUCGGGCUGCAUCGGCGGGGGCAACGCCUUCUCAGACCGGAGCUUCCCGCGGCGCUCCGCAACUCCACUCCGCUCUGGCAGCGGCGAGCUCGCCCGCCCAUCAGGUUCUCCCGGCGCGGCCCGAACAUGCUGGACGGCCUGAAGAUGGAGGAGAACUUCCAGAGCGCCAUUGAGACCUCGGCCUCUUUCUCCUCACUGCUGGGCAGAGCGGUAAGCCCCAAGUCUGUCUGCGAGGGCUGUCAGCGGGUCAUCUCGGACAGGUUUCUCCUGCGGCUUAACGACAGCUUCUGGCAUGAGCAGUGCGUGCAGUGCGCCUCCUGCAAAGAGCCCCUGGAGACCACCUGCUUCUACCGGGACAAGAAGCUCUACUGCAAGUAUGACUACGAGAAGCUGUUUGCUGUCAAAUGCGGGGGCUGCUUUGAGGCCAUUGCACCCAACGAGUUUGUUAUGCGGGCCCAGAAGAGCGUGUACCACCUGAGCUGCUUCUGCUGCUGUGUCUGUGAGCGACAGCUUCAGAAGGGUGACGAGUUUGUCCUGAAGGAGGGCCAGCUACUCUGCAAAGGGGACUACGAGAAGGAGCGGGAGCUGCUCAGCCUGGUGAGCCCGGCAGCCUCAGACUCAGGCAAAAGUGAUGAUGAAGAAAGUCUUUGCAAAUCAGCCCACGGGACAGGGAAAGGAGCCGCUGAGGAUGGCAAGGACCACAAGCGUCCCAAACGGCCCAGAACCAUCCUGACAACACAGCAGAGGAGAGCGUUCAAGGCCUCCUUUGAAGUCUCCUCCAAGCCCUGCAGGAAGGUGAGAGAAACUCUGGCUGCAGAGACAGGGCUGAGUGUCCGUGUCGUCCAGGUGUGGUUCCAGAACCAGAGAGCUAAGAUGAAGAAGCUGGCCCGGCGGCAGCAGCAACAACAACAGGAUCAGCAGAACACGCAGCGGCUGAGUUCUGCUCAGACAAAUGGCAGCGGGAGUGCUGGGAUGGAAGGGAUCAUGAACCCCUACACGGCCCUGCCCACCCCACAGCAGCUGCUGGCCAUUGAGCAGAGUGUCUACAGCUCCGAUCCCUUCCGACAGGGUCUCACUCCACCCCAGAUGCCUGGAGACCACAUGCACCCCUAUGGUGCUGAACCCCUUUUCCAUGACCUGGAUAGUGACGACACCUCCCUCAGUAACCUGGGUGACUGUUUUCUAGCAACCUCGGAAGCCGGGCCCCUGCAGUCCAGAGUGGGAAACCCCAUUGACCACCUGUAUUCCAUGCAGAAUUCUUACUUCACCUCUUGAGUCUUUUCCUAGAGUUCCAUGGCUAGGCUCCCACGUGGAACAACAACCACAGUUUGGAAGGGGUUGCUGGCUUGUGGACAGGAGGCUAGGAAAGAGGUGGGCUGGGGAGGGAGUUUUGUUGGAGAUGCUGUUGUAUAAUGAUAUGGGGUAGCUCAGCAUUUCCAAAGACUGAAUACAUUAUGGAUUGCAUAGUUUAAUGUUUCUAUUAAGAGUCUUAGCAUUAGAAAUGAAGAUGUGUUUAUCAUUAAGGACAGGGACUUUUAAUAUAGAUCUUCUCAUGCAAACUAGAUACCUAGGGACUCCUAACAACUUCCCGCCAUUUUGGGGAAGCUCUUGUCAAGAGGUGCAUAUGUCUAUCCACCUACACGCCAUAGGCAGACAGAUAGAUAGAUGUGUGAGUGUGUGACCUUUCAUACUUUAUCAUCAAAGUUUAUUCCUAAUUAUAACAGACACCAACUGUACAGCAAAAGUAACUUUAUUUUCAGUGUGAACUAUAUUUAAGGAAAUGCUUGAUGCACUUAAGUUAUAAAAUGAGAUAAUUUACUUUUAUAAACUUUAUUUUUAGUUUGAAGAGACUUGUCGGCAGGGCAGAGGGGGCCGCUCCACCCAGCCCCGUAGCUUUGAGUGCUUGAGUUUAUUCUGUCUUUAGAGUGUCAUUGAGGUCUGGAAGGCAACUCUAGGUGGCUGAUAGUGUUCUCUUGUGGAUUUUUGCUCACUUGGGGGUUGAAUUACUGGGCUGGGGUGGGAUGGAGCAACCCCCUAUCAUGUUCUUGGAAAAUGGGAAGCCCAGACUCUUGGGCUUGCUUGUCAGUUCUGACACAUGGUUGUCAGGCAAUGUUGGGAAGGUUGGUUCUGCCCUUGAGUUUCAGCAUCUGCAAGUGAGGAUGAGGCUAACAGUACACACCUACCUCACGGGGGACCCCAGAGUUAGUUCACCCCCAGGACACAUGGGCAGAGCUGAGACUGAUACUUGAUGUUGGCUUCAAAUGCACCCACACCAUUCAGCAGGCAGAGCAGGAAGGCAGCACUGCCUUCCAGUUCCCUCUGUACUGCCUGGGCUGGCAGGAACAGCAGCUGGGGCAACUUGGGGGAUGCCUCAUCCUUCAAAAGGAGAAGGGGCUAGGCUGAGGGCAUGGAGAGGGCGUGGUAGUGAUAAAUUAUGGCCUCAGGGCCUGAUUUUUAUUUUUAAGGGAUUAUUAUUAAAAAAAUAAGGAAAAUGUGAUGAUUGUAUGUGGCCCAGAUAGCCUGAGAGAUUUGCCAUCUCAGUAGAAACAUAUGGUUGAGGACCCAUAUUGUAGAGAGUCCUGUUUUUCAACAACCUCAUAGAGCUCAUGGAGACAGGGAAGCCCACAGAGAAACCCAGAACUCUUCCUCUGGGCUCACUUGUCUGACCUGGAGCACAGAUUACCCAGCAGCCAUUGUACAGGCAGCCAGUUCUAUACGCUGAUCUCCCAUUGUGGUGCUAGGAGGGGACCUUCUGUGUUGGGAGUCCUCUUGGGAAGCCAGAGUGUGUAGGUGGAGAAACAGAGGGUCAGCUUGGACUUGUCUCAGAGGGGCUGUGACAGGCUUGGUCUCACCCCUGGGGACGUCAUCAGAGUCUUGAACUCAGCGACACAUCCCCUCUACUCUCUGCAAGGCUAGAGGGAUCAUGUCCCUUAUGGUAGAGUCUGUGUUGUGUGAUUUUUGUGCUCUUGUUUAUAAUUUAUGCAAACCACCAAGAAACGCAAAUCAGUGUGAUGUGUGGAAAUUAUGCAGCUGCUGUGUGGCUCCGCAGGUUACUGUGGUAAAGAUCAGUUGGAGAAUGUAGCAGAUCCUAUGUGAGUGAAAAUGAAUAGAGAUCCUUAUUCCACUCCUUAAUGGCAAACCGAAAUGAAAUUAAAAACCUCUUACAAAUGAACUGUUGUUUAUUCAGGGCUGGGAUGAUGGGCAGACAACCAGGGGCACAUGAUGGGUUUUGUCUUCAAGCUUUCAAUGAAUGGAGAGAAUGGUGGCAGCAAGGCAUACAGAGAAAGGGGUCCUCCACCUUCAGCCAGAUGAAUGGAGAUCCCAGUCUUCACCACACCCCCACAGAAGCGGGCACUGAGAUCAUUUCAUCAUCACCAUGGAGGGCAUUUGUGGCAGGGUGUUUUGUACCAUGCAUUGCAUGAACAUGUGCUUGGAAGUCAGAGCAGAGUCAUGGGGCAGAAGAAAAAGUCCCCAUUCAGGGCUAAAGGCAGGUGCCCAGCCAGGUUAGGAGAGCAGAGCUGCAGAUGGUGGCUCCAUGAUAGAUUCUUCCAAAAUUCUCAAUGAUUUAAAAUUUUUAUAUUGUUUGAGAGAUUGAGUGAAACAGAUACAUAGAAACACACACACACACACACACACACACAGAACACUCUCAUACACUGUCUACUGGUUUCCAAGGGCUUAGAAUGGGCAAGGCUGAACCAAGUCAAAGGCAAGAACCAAGCACAUAAUCCUGGUCUCCCACGUGGGUGACAGGAACCCAAUUACUUGAGCCAUCUCCAUUGCCUCCCAGAGUCUGCAGUAACAAGAAGUUGGGAUCUGAAGCUGAGAGUGGAUAUCCAACCCAGCUUUAGGAUGUGGGACACUGAUGUCCCAAUUGGCAGCUUAACUGCUGGGCCAAAUACACUUCCCUUAACAAUUUUAAAUGUGAUGUUGUUUGAGCAUCCCUAAUCUUGAAAACCCAAAAUAUAAUCUGAAACUCUGAAUGCUGACAUGAUGCAAGAAGUGGAAAAUUUCACACCUGACCUCAUGUGGCAGAUUGCAGUCAAAUCAUAGGUGCAGUAAAAACAUGACUAUUGUAUACAGUUGCCUUCAGGCUGUCAUAUAUAGUGAUUAUGAAACAAAUAAGUUUUGCUUCGACUUGGGUCUCAUCUCCAAAGUAUUGUGUUUAUGUAAAUAUUCAAAAAAAUCUGGCAUCAGAAGCAUUUCUUGUCCUAAGCAUUUUCCAUAAGGGCUAUUCAGCCUGUUUAUGGAUGGGCAAUUUUAUGGCUGUAGAGAAAAGAAGUGAGGGAACAGUAUUAAUGUAAGAGCAGGAGACAUACUAAAAUGGUGGAAUCAUUCUAUGUAUGUUUUCUCAUCUGCAGUUGUUCAAGUCCUGUUGUCCCUGACAUGAGGAGCCUGUCUGUUUCUCAGCCUGUCCGCUACUGGACAGGCCUGAGUUCCCUGCUCCAGUCUCUGCACCUGCCUUUGUCCCUCCUGGUUACCAACAACCAGCUACUUGUCCUUCAGUGUCCUUGGCCUUCUCAAGGAGCCUGAAUGGCUGGUUUGUGCCUGUGUAGAGAAUUGGGCUCAUGCUACUCAGUGCAACAAAUAAAUCUCCAAAUGCUGUAGUAGUUCAAUCAUGAUAGAAGCAUACAGUUUUACUCAGGCAGAAGACCCAGGAGGGAGCUGGGCAAGAAAGCUGCCUCUCCUCCGUGCAGAAUGAAGGUUUUGUCCAUGGCUUCCAAACCUGUUGGGGAUUGGUUGUUGUCAGUUUUCAUUUCUCUUCUCCCCUUGCAACUGAAGUGGUUGUGUCCUGAUCCAAAUCCCAGCUCCUCCACUUACUGGCUGUGUGGUUGUGGGCAAGAUACUUCUCUCUGCUAUGCUGGUUGCUUGUGGUAAAGAGAUCAUACUUUUUUGCUGCCUCAAAGGGGUUGUGAAGACAGGGGAGAAAAGUCAUGCACAGCACUUAGCCCUGCACUUGGCACAUGGUAAGUAGUAGAUGCAUUUGCUGCUAACCAUGAGCCAGACCCACCUUGGGGUUUGGCCAUUGAUUAAAGGCUUUUGGGGUCUCAGACCACAUUUGAGGAAAACAAAGAAUACACCUUGGUUCACUGAGUCCCCUCAUCUCUUCUCACCAUAACUUUCUUAAAUCUUAGUGAGUGUCUUACACAGCUUGAGCCAGAAUUGUGGGGGAGUGGCUUGCUUUUUGUUGGGUCUCAAGGCAUGUGGGUAAAAUCCAAUUGUGAAGACACGUUAAGCACUCUGAUCCCUUGGGAGAAGUGGUCAGGUCACAAGAGAUUUCUUGAGCCAUCGGUGCAACCUUUGCACAACCUGCAUCAGAGAGGAAGAUAUUAGGGCUGGGAGCAGAGCGGAGAGCUUGGAUCCAGAGACGGAAUUUCUACUGCUUGGGAGAAAUUUGUGUUGCCCUAACAGGAAUCAAAAUUCAGAAGAAAAUACAGUUAAUUCAUCAGACCAAACCCAAAGACAAAAUAAAAUUUUAACCAAAUUGCAAGUGAAAUCAAAAUCAGUUUCUGUCUUUUUUUUUUUUUUCUCUCUAACUCAAUUCAACCUGGGAUGAAAUGCAAUAUCAUUUAACAACAAUGAAACUUACCAUCAGGGUCACAGCAGAGUCAGAACCAAAUUAAUGUAAAUUCCUUGUCUGUGAUGUUGUAACAUUAUGUUCAGUGACUAGAAGGGGAGAGCCAUUGUUAGGGCUCAACAGAAGGACCUGAACUCUCUAACAGUGAAAUAUAGUCCUUCUGUGAGUGAAUGGCUUGGAGAAUUGAAGAUGACCUGAUAUAUGUUGUAUGUGGAGUUCCCUAGAUGUGUAUCUUUAAGCAAAGCUCUGAGCCUUCAUUUCUUCAUCUAUAAAAUGAGGCCAAUAACAUUUGCCUAACUUAUGGUUUGAUUGUUGUGAACAUCAAAGAAAUAAUUACAAAAGAGCAUUGCAGACUGUGAAGUUUUAUACAAAUUGGAGAGAGUCUUAGCAUUUUGUCUCAAGAGGCACCUGUGGAUGGGGCCACUUGGGGGGCAUGAUAUGCAUGCAAACAGUGGUCUGGCUUGCAGGCUGACCCUGCGAGGAGGUGCUAUCCCUGAUCAGAGUGCGAGUAAUGUCUUUCCUCUUCCCAACCACUGGAAAUCACAGUUGCCACUGCCUGAUGAACCUUCUACCCCCUCCCCUGACCUGGGGGGGAAUUCUAGAAAAGGAGCCAUAUGUGGCUCAGCCCCCAGUGGGUGGUGCAUUAGCUAACUUAUCACUAUUUUUUACCUCCUUUGUCACUCCCUGUGCUUAGGAAUGGAAGGUGUUGUUUGUCCCUAUUUUGUAGAGGAAACAACUAGGCUAGUUAGUUAUGCAGCUGACCAAUUUCCUUGGCCCUUUUAGCAUAUUAUCGAUUCAUUUAUUCACUCAUUUGCUCCAUCUAGUAAGUAUUAAACAUCUGGAAUAUGGCAGGCUCUGGGAUAUGUACUAGAAAUAAGACAUGUGCAAAAAGAAGCAUUGGCCAUGUCUCAUGGAGAUUAUAGCUUAUGGGGAAAAAAUAGCCGUUGACCAAAAAUUCCAGUAAAUUUUACAUGUGCUAUGUUGUGAGUCACAAAGAAGGCUUAGAGCUGUAAGAAUAGAAUGCAGGGAGGCAAGUGGGAAAGGAUUUCUCAGAGCCAGUGCCAAUAGAGCUGAGAUUUUAGUCACCUCUCCCGCUGUCAAGUAGUGAUUCUGCUUCUCCUUCUUAAGGUCUUGUUCUAAUUACCCUGGGUAGAAGGAACCUGUUUAAUGGGUGCUGUCCAAGGUGUUCACUGAUAAGGUCUAGAGAAGCAGUGUAGAGUAUCUUAGAGUGCAGAAUGUCUUCAGAAUCAAGGAAUGGGCCACUGUCACUCACUCAUCACCUGUUUAUUAAGCCUGCAGUAGAGGACAUUUGCAUCCACUCACCCUCCUUCUGAUAGCAUCACUCUGAUUUCCUUGGGGAACUUGACCUUCCUCAUCGUGGGCAGUCUUUGUAGGACUGUCAGUCAAGGUGACCUGGGCUUCUAUACCCCAGGAGCAGAGAAAGCUCCCCUUCCACAUCCUCCUGGUACUUGAAUCUGACAGAGUGGUCUCGAAGUUGGAGAGAGGUUUGGAGCUAGUUCACCUCUGGCGAUGUGCCUGAUGAGAGGGGCGGAUGGUUCCUGCCACCUGGCCCCUGGAGCUGCCCUGCAGCCAUCUGUGUCCAAGACUGGGCUCUGAAUACCCUUUGAUUCCAUGAGCUGUCUGCUCUGCUAGUCUGAUAGGGACACAUUGCUGCUCCAGUUAGUCAGACCUGGUGGCCUCUGUUACUUGCAGAAGAAAAUACUCAUGGAAGCUAUAUUCCUUCAUGUUUUUGCAGUGUUUGAUACCGUACAAAGGUGUGUGUGUGUGUGUGUGUGUGUGUGUGGUUCCUUAUUACAGCCCUCUGGGUUAGUUAGGCAGGUACUUCUUCAUUUUGUAGGGGAGAAACCUGACGCUCAGAGAAGUGUUUUGCCCAAGACCACAGAGAUAAUUAGGGUCCGAGCUUAGUUUCUGACUCAUUUCUCCUGGUUCCUGGUCCUCUGCUUGUCUCCCAAGCUCUGACUUCCAAGUGACAAGGUGUGUAGGAGCAUCUGUCAGGCCAGGCACUGUGAGGGGCACAGGGAAGUCAGACUAUCUUUCCUGCCUACAAGGAGCUUACAGUCUAGGUAAAGGGGAAAGACAGUCACAUGGAUUUAACACAUUUGUUUACCUAUGCACGUGUGAGAUUGCUGGUGUAGAUAACAUGUUCUAUGGGAGUUCCGCAAAGAGAGAUGUUCCUGGAACAAAGAAAAGGAAAAAGAGUGUUCUCCAAGAACGCGGAGCUUACACUGAACCAUCAAAGAAUUCAGAUAGGGUGAGAGGAAAAAGGCUGCUGUUCUAAUCAAAAGGAUCAGAGCAGGUAAAAAUGCGGAGGGAAGAGGUCAGCCAUGGUCACAUGUGAAGGCACAGAGACCUUCUGGUGGAAUAAGAGGCGCUGGCCGAGGCUGAUGGUGAAGGUGUUGGUGACGGGGCUAUUGCCAGGAUUUCUCCAGUACAGAUUAAAGGUGCUCUAUUUCUUAUGUGACUGAGGCUGGUAGUCAUUCCUAUGACCUCUUUAAAAUGAUACCUGACAUUUUCCACUGGCAGAAAGUGACUUGGACUAAAGCCUACAUCUCUCAGAGUGCAAAGUGUGUCCUGGCCAGUGAAAUAACAGAAGUGUCACAUGGUACCUUCCUCAGAAAUACAACUGCCACAAGCCCUUUUCCUCUUCUAUUUUGCUACUUUCUGGUCGGCUAGGCUGCAAAUGUGAUGGCUGGAGCCGCAGCAACUGCAGUAGGCCAUGGGAUGAACCUGUGAAUGGAGACCACACAUGGUGAAACAACAAAGCAGAAGACACCUAGAUUCCAUCGGACUCCAGGGAACCAAGCUGCCAUCCAACUCUGAACUAUGUCUUGACUUAAAAUUUGAUAAAUAAACUCCUCUUUUUUAAA